GGGUGGGCGUGCCUCUGUGACCCAGGAAAUACAAAGUGGUUCCUGGGGCAUCUUAGUUUAUGGUGACGUUUCUAAUGUGCUUUGCCGCUCCAGUAGAAGGAGAGAGUCGAGCGCCAGUUGUUUUCUCUUUCUCUCCGGCUGAUCGCCAAACGGCUGCGGUCUUGCAUGGACUGAGAGGGUUUCCCUGUGCUACUGCAGCGGAGCAGGACUGUCCCGUUUAGACUUGCUUUAAAUCGGCACGUUUUACAGGGUUUUUAAAGAAGCAGCCAAAAUGGUUUUAGCGGAUCUGGGACGAAAAAUAACCUCGGCGCUGAGAUCGCUGAGCAAUGCUACCAUCAUAAAUGAAGAGGUUUUAAAUGCUAUGCUGAAAGAAGUUUGUGCUGCUCUACUAGAAGCAGAUGUAAACAUAAAGCUCGUCAAACAACUAAGAGAAAAUGUCAAGUCGGCCAUAGACCUUGAAGAAAUGGCCUCGGGCCUGAACAAGAGAAGAAUGAUUCAGCACGCUGUGUUCAAGGAGCUGGUGAAGCUUGUGGACCCUGGAGUCAAAGCCUGGACACCGACGAAAGGGAAGAACAACGUGAUCAUGUUUGUGGGUCUGCAGGGCAGUGGGAAAACCACCACAUGUUCCAAGUUGGCUUAUUAUUACCAAAGAAAAGGCUGGAAGACUUGCUUGAUAUGUGCCGACACAUUCAGAGCAGGUGCUUUUGACCAGCUGAAGCAGAAUGCAACAAAAGCUAGAAUUCCCUUCUACGGGAGUUACACAGAGAUGGAUCCUGUCAUUAUAGCGUCAGAAGGUGUUGAAAAGUUCAAAAACGAGAACUUCGAAAUAAUCAUUGUGGACACAAGUGGUCGACACAAACAGGAAGACUCGCUUUUUGAAGAAAUGCUUCAAGUAUCCAAUGCUGUACAACCUGAUAAUAUUGUGUACGUAAUGGAUGCCUCGAUUGGGCAAGCCUGCGAAGCUCAGGCCAAAGCUUUCAAAGACAAAGUAGACGUGGCCUCUGUUAUUGUCACAAAACUGGAUGGACAUGCUAAGGGUGGAGGUGCACUCAGUGCAGUUGCUGCUACCAAAAGUCCCAUAAUCUUUAUCGGCACUGGAGAGCACAUUGAUGACUUUGAGCCAUUCAAAACACAACCUUUCAUCAGCAAGCUUCUGGGAAUGGGAGACAUUGAAGGUUUAAUAGAUAAGGUCAAUGAGCUAAAACUGGAUGACAAUGAAGAGCUCAUAGACAAGCUUAAACAUGGGCAGUUCACUCUGAGAGACAUGUAUGAGCAGUUUCAGAAUAUCAUGAAAAUGGGGCCUUUCAGCCAGAUCAUGGGCAUGAUUCCAGGCUUUGGAACAGAUUUCAUGAGUAAGGGCAAUGAGCAAGAGUCAAUGGCCAGGCUGAAGAAACUCAUGACCAUCAUGGACAGCAUGAACGAUCAAGAGCUGGACAGUAAGGACGGCGCGAAGCUGUUCAGCAAGCAGCCCACCAGGAUCCAGCGGGUGGCGCGGGGAGCGGGCGUGGCCGCGCGGGACGUGCAGGAGCUGCUGACGCAGUACACCAAGUUCGCCCAGAUGGUGAAGAAGAUGGGCGGCAUCAAGGGGCUCUUCAAAGGUGGAGACAUGUCCAAGAAUGUCAAUCCUUCCCAGAUGGCGAAAUUAAAUCAGCAGAUGGCCAAGAUGAUGGACCCCAGGGUUCUUCACCACAUGGGUGGGAUGGCUGGCCUUCAGUCCAUGAUGAGGCAGUUUCAGCAAGGGGCGGCUGGGAACAUGAAAGGAAUGAUGGGAUUCAACAAUAUGUGAUACUGAAGCCUUAAUCUCAUGCGUUUAAUGUCAUCUUUAUUCACACGCUGAAUAAGUCGGGUUUUUUUUUUUUUUUAGAAUUCACUUCCCAAUUUUUGUGAAUUGGUUAAUAAUAAAUGCACAGAUUUAUUUGUCUAAUAAGAAAACGGCAGUCUUAAUCUGGAUCCAUGGGAUUCACGAUUGGGAUACAGGUUUUUGCAGAUUGUUACAUCUGAUAAACUUUACGUUUGGCUGAUUUGCAAGAAGUAGAGUGUUACUAGUGGAAAAUGCAUCAAAUGAGACUAGUUUGUGACAAUAUUUUGUCAUGAAAUGUGUUGUAUAAUAAAAUUUGUAUGGUAUGCAUUCUCA